AUGAAAGCGCUCAUUCUAGUUGGAGGAUAUGGAACUCGGCUGAGACCGCUCACACUAACACAGCCCAAACCACUCGUUGAAUUCGCCAACAAGCCUAUGAUGUUGCAUCAGAUGGAAGCUCUAGCUGCGGUUGGAGUCGAUACAGUUGUUUUAGCAGUUAGCUACAGAGCAGAACAGUUGGAGGCGGAAAUGACUGUGCACGCAGAUCGGCUUGGAGUUAAGCUGAUUUUUUCUCUUGAAGAAGAACCGCUCGGAACUGCUGGACCUCUGGCUUUGGCUCGAAAACAUCUAGAGGACGAUGAUCCAUUUUUCGUUCUUAACAGUGAUGUUAUUUGUGAUUUCCCAUUCAAGCAAAUGGUUGAAUUUCAUAAGCAACAUGGAAAAGAGGGAACGAUUGCAGUAACAAAGGUGGAAGAACCAUCUAAAUAUGGAGUCGUUGUUUUCAAAGAAGAUGGAAAAAUUGAUGACUUCGUUGAGAAACCACAGGAGUACGUUGGAAACAAAAUCAACGCCGGCCUCUAUAUUUUCAACUCUGCAAUUCUCGAUCGAAUUCCCCUGAAACCUACAAGUAUCGAAAAAGAAAUCUUCCCUCAAAUGGCGACUUCAGGUAAUCUCUAUGCCUACGUACUGCCUGGAUUCUGGAUGGAUGUAGGACAACCAAAAGACUUCCUCAAGGGAAUGUCUCUGUUUUUGAACCAUGUGCAAACAACAAGGACGGGAGCAUUAGCUACUGGGUCAAAUAUUCACGGAACAGCCACGAUUCGUGGUAGUGUCUUAGUAGACCCAUCUGCAACUGUUGGUGAGAACUGUGUUAUUGGUCCCGAUGUUGUCAUUGGCCCAAGAGUUCAGAUUGAAGGAGGUGUUCGCAUUCAACAUUCCACUAUUUUAUCGGAUUCGACCGUAGGCAACUAUUCGUGGGUCUCAGGAAGCAUUAUAGGACGUGAGUGUCAUAUUGGAAGUUGGGUCCGUAUGGAGAACGUAUGUGUUCUUGGAGAUGAUGUGGUUGUGAAAGACGAAGUCUAUCUCAAUGAAGCGAGUGUCUUGCCACACAAAGUUAUAGCUGUGAAUGUUCCUUCAAAGGAUAUCAUUAUGUGA